AUGGACUCCCAAUCUCAAGGCGGUGGCUUCAAGCCCAGUUUCAAUAUCGGUGAAUUAACAAUCCCGUUGUUUGUGGGAACAAUUAUGAACUGGGCGCUGAUGGGAGCUCUCGUUGUUCAAGCCUACAUCUACUUCGUCGCCUUCCCGCGGGAUCGACUCCCAAACAAGGCCAUCGUCUGCUUCGUGCUCGUCGCGGAGCUCCUGCAAACCCUGGGCGACAGCCGCGACACCAUUAGAACGUUCGGCGCCAAGUGGGGGGACUUCGCCAGCCUCGACACAGUUGGGUGGGCCUGGUUCAGCGUCCCGAUCCUGGGGUCCACGAUCGGAUGCGUCGGCCAGCUAUUCUUUGCUUGGCGCAUCCAUAUCAUCGGGGCUCGAAAGGCCUGGGUUGUUCCGAUCAUCAUCACCAUUAUCACACUCUUUCAAUUCGGCGCUGGAAUCUGGACCGGCGUUCAGAUCAUCCAAGCAAAGCACUUUUCGGCGCUGACUUUCGAUAGAAUGAAGCCCCCAAUUGCCUGGCUAAGUGCUACCGCCGCCGCUGACUUGCUGAUCGUCGUUGCCACAAUAUAUUACCUUCUCAAAGCGCGCGAGCCGGGUUUCAGCGGCGCGACUCAGGCGGCUGUCACGAGAAUAAUAACCGUAACGAUCGAAACCGGCAUUCCCUGUGCCGUCUUCGCUCUCGUUGACCUGGCGCUAUUUGUCAAAUACAACGGGAACAACUUUCACUUGGGCACUUGUAUCUGGCUCUCCAAAGUAUACUCCAUCAGCAUCCUUACUAUUCUCAACUCACGCGCGCAUAUCGGCCACCACGACACGCAGCUUGGCUCCGCGAACGUCACGCUUUCGAGCCGUCGGGGCUCGCGCCCCGGCCAGAGCCACCCGUCCAAGAAUACCGCGACGGCAUCGACGAUCCAGUUUGCCAGUCGCGACGGGGACUUCGGGCGGGAUACAGACAAGUCUUGCGAUCCAGUGUUCUCAAUCGGGAAAGAGCGAGGGGAGGACUUGGAGAUGGAGACACCCCGGUUUGUGGUAUAG